AUGGGGCUCGACGUCCAGGCAAGUGGACUCGCAGCCUUGAGCGGCGCGUUCCUGUUCCUCACCACGGGAAGCGUCGUGUUGCGCUUCGUAGCUCGCUACAAGCAGAAGGGCCGAGUCUGGGUGGACGACUACACCAUGGCACUGGCAUGGGUCGGGUUUGUUGGCCUCGCGGCCCUGUCCUUCUUCGGCAUAUCAAGGGGCUUCUUGGGCUACACGAUGCCCAAGGACAGGGCUUCGGUCCAGGCCGUGGCGUUUACGCAGGCGUGCACUCUCAUUUCCUUUGAUGUGCUGACCGCAAUGACGUUUGGCAUGACGAAGCUCAGCGCUGUAUUCUUCUACCGGCGCAUCUUUUGCUUUGGGCCUCAUCGCGACGUGUUCAACUACGUCACCAUGGUCUUCGUCUUCCUCAUCUCCGCAUGGACCGUGACCUUUAUUGUCGUGCCCUUGAAUCUCUGUGGCCCCUUGAAGAGCAUCGGGUGGGAUAUCCGCCACGCGACGCAAUGUGCCCACUAUGCGUAUUUCAAGGGCAUUUCCGUGUCCGACUUUGUUCUAGAUGUUGCGGUGCUUGUCUUGCCACUCCCCAAGAUUGGAGGCUCACGCAACAACGUCCUUGCAGAGGGCAAUACCCAGAUCGUGUAUUACGCCAUCCUCGAAGCCGCCUUUAACAUCAUCGCGAUAAACGGGCCAUCGCUAUGGUACCUUGUUGCUGGGGUUCCCCCCGAUCGUGUCCUGCACAGCAUUCGCAGCAUCGUAUCUCUUGGCUCUGGCCACCGUCCCAAUUCCCCCAAGAGCUCAGUAGAGCGCGCCACGCGCGACGCCGCUCUGGGCCACAAACUUGAUGACACGGACUCGUCGCCGUCGAGUCCCGUCAAGGGUUGUGUCGAGACAUAUGCCAUGGCGGAUUUGGGUGCCAUACCGUCUGCAAAGGGCAGCCACGGUGGCAUUGUCGUUGAACGUGAAUUUAGGCGCGAAAUUGAGCAACGGCCUUGA